CUCAUAGCGGAGGUUCUGGGCUUUCUGUCUUGGCUCAGUUUACAGCAUUAUACCCGAUUGAUUUCCAAUCAAGUGAUUUAUCUUGGAGUAACAAAAACAAAAACAACCAGCUGCACAAUAUGUUGGCGGUGGCAUGCACACCGUGUCGACUAUUGA